AGAGAGAGAGAGAGAGAGGAGAGGAGAGAAGAGAGAUAAGCUAGAUGGAUAGAACGCGCACGUAGACGCGCUUAUGCGUAUGUUUUGCGAACGACAAGAUAGAACGCGGCGGGCAUGAGGCCGGCGCCAUAGAGAGCAUGUAAAUCUUCCACCCGUGAAUAUACAACGAAAGCAAUACUACAAACAAGGUAAUCUCGAGGAACAAAGCAAAGGCAAGCUGCAUACGCUUUCCGCCACCCUCCCAUAAUCUCGCCCCCUCUGAUCGCGUUUAGGAAAUCAUCCAGAAGGCCAUCCCUGAUGCCACCGCUAUUCCCCUCACUCGAACUCGAUCGCUACACACACGAUCGAGAGCUCCUCCCAGCUCCUCGCUUCACUUAAGAGAUAUUUUAAUAUAAAUGUAUACACGCGCAUAUAGACAUCGCGAUCGUACACGCUCACUCUCUCAUCCCUGUAUAUAGUUAUACAAAAAAAUAUUUAUAAGUUUAUACGCAGAGUCCUAUUUAAUAAUCGUGCAACGACGUCUAGGAUUAAAUCAAGCGAUAUCGCCAAGAUAGCCACCUCGAAUUGAGCGUUUUAUCUUCCCCCAAGGAGAGAGUUGUCCUCGCUCUCUUUCAUUUUGGCUAUUAGAGAAAGAAAUUUCGAGUGGAAGACACUCUGAUUGGGACAGUCGGCUCACCACAAUAGACCGAUGCGAGACGACCAUGUCGUGUCUCAGGAUAUCUGAGAGUAAGCGCGCAAGUGAGACAAACAGUUGAAGCAUCAAUCGAGAGAUCGUGUGACCUGGUGAAAUCUCCGCGUUAAUCGUCAGAAGGAUAAAUCCAGCGUUUUUCACGAAAACGAGCAGCAAGACGGUUAAACGGUUAUAUCGAACGGUAUAUUGUAGUGCAUCGUUUUGUCCGACGAGGAGCCGCGACUUUUGCGAAGGAGAUUUGCGCGAUAUAUAAUCGUGAUCGAUACUUCUUGAUCGUGGCGCAAGUAACGCGCCCGCCUCGCAAUAAAAUACGCUGUUACACCGAAGGACCGAGGAGGGAAGGAUAGCCGUGGCUCAAGAGGGUUGUUUACCUUACGUUGUUUGGUGAUCUUAGAGCGAUACUUCGAUAUUAAUCCCGUUGGGAAGAGAACGAUCAACCAAGAUGCCGCGGUGCUAUAUGGUAAAGAAGGCCCUGUGCAACAAGUACAUAACCAGCGUUGCCAGAGGAUUCGAGAACUGGGGCCGCGGAAGGAGCACGCCAUCGCCAACCACCAUGCAGCUGCCCGUUUCGCCCGUAGAGGGGUGCGUUACACCCCCUGUUGCACAAGAAUGUCGCGACACGCAACCAAAGGACACAACGGCCGUCGCGACUUCCGCCGUGGCCGAAGCAGACCCCUCGAAGGAACAACCACCGAGCGACGUAGACACGACUGUCGCGACAACAGCCCCGUCAUCCGUCAUCACGACGGCACCCGCGACGGACUACUCGAUGACGACACGAAUGGAGACGAGCGUGAUCACGUGCAUCACGACGACGUCCCUGACGACUCUAUCUCCGGCAGAAACGAUCGUCUCUCCCGUCAAGGAAACUACAACGACGACGACGGUGACGUCUUUACCUCCGUUGGACGUGCGAACGGCUCCCGAGAGACUCGACGACACCACGACGACGUCUAUCGCGACGCUGCACCAUCCAACAUCCAUCGAAAAACCGUCUCCGCCGUCCAGCACGUCGACGUCCUAUCAUCUGGAGGAUCCGGAGCACUCGAGAACACCUGAUUCUAGGAUACGAUUGGUUACCCCAUCCUGUGGCAUGUCCAUGUCCGGUCAAGUGUCGUCCAUGUUUAAAGAUCGCUCCGCGGCGGAAACGGAGGCGGCGCACGAUCUCCUAGAGCUCUCCCGAUCGUUACCCCCGUUACCACCGCCGAGCGUCGCGAUCGGUCCUCAAAGCGUAAUCGAGGCGCCGGCGAGCGACGUCCAGGAGAUGACGGUCUAUCAGCCGGCCGAACAACCGAUCUAUCAAGUGAACACAAUCGAUCUGGCCGGCUCGACCAUCUACAGUCAUCAUCAGCAACAGCAACAGCCCGCGGCCGCCAGUAUUAUUUACGAGUCCACCAUUGUGCCAUCCCCGGGCAGCGUUUUCAUACCCUUGUCACCGGUACAAGAGAUCCUGCUGACGUACAGUACAUCCACCAUACCGUGCACGUCAAUUGUCGCUCAACAGCCGCAGCAUCAGCUGCCGCUACAGCAGCAGCAGCAGCAGCAGCAUCAGCAGCAGCAACAGCAGCAACCGCAGCUUCAGCAACAGCCGUUGCAACAGCAACAACAGAUCGAAACGACACCGCCGCUGACACCGCCGACCUCCGAGUGCAGCAGUGACAUCGAAAACAGUAACCCAAACUCACAACCGACGCAGAGGGACAAGGAGGUGCAGACUAUCACGGAGCAAACGGAGGGAGUGAAACCGGCCAGUUACACGUACGACACGUUGCUCGUCUCGGACGGUAGGUCGAAGAACAAGAAGGCGCCUGCCGUGCAGAAGAAUCAGGACACCGAACCGAUCGAAGCGCCCGAGACCUCUAAAACCGGUCGUUACGUAUGUUGCGAGUGCGGCAAGCAGUACGCGACCUCGUCGAAUCUGUCGCGGCACAAGCAGACGCAUCGCAGCAUCGAUUCGCAAUCGGCCAAGAAGUGCAUCCACUGCGGCAAGGCGUACGUCAGCAUGCCCGCCCUGGCGAUGCACGUGCUCACGCACAAGCUCACGCACAGCUGCGGCGUAUGCGGCAAGAUGUUCUCGCGGCCCUGGUUGCUACAGGGUCACCUGCGCAGCCACACCGGCGAGAAGCCGUACGGAUGCGCUCAUUGCGGCAAGGCGUUCGCCGAUCGCUCGAAUCUGCGGGCGCACAUGCAGACGCACUCGGCGGACAAGAAUUACGAGUGCCCCAAGUGCCACAAAUCGUUUGCCCUCAAGUCGUACUUGAACAAGCACCUGGAGUCGGCGUGCCAGCGCGACAGCGACGAGACCAACAACGACGUCGACUCGCCGCCAUAAGCAAGCCGGGAUCAGGAUGUACCCGAUGUACCGGCGACGCCGCGGUAAGCGGCAGCGAUCAGCCGGUCGUGCACGACGUAAACAGAAGAUUACAGUGGCGUCAUCACGUAGACUGGUAGAAAAAAAAAGAAAUAGUUUGUGCUGCGUAGACAGUACUUUUGCUCUAUGGACCAAGAGGAAAAAAAAGGACGGAAGACGAACGGAUGUACGGGAAGCCAUCGCUGCUGGCCUCUCAUCGCCAAUGCGGAUGCGAUUGGUUUCGAUUGUUUCACACGGAAUUCGAGUCGGUCGGGUCUAUCGUUGCGCUCGAUUACGGCAGCAAGUCCUCACGUUCCCUUUGUCCUCGCCGCGGAACUCAACAAAAAAAAAAAAAAGAAAAAAAGAAACACAGCUCACGCUUGCAAAGCUCGAGCUCGAAUUUAACGUCAAUUUUUGGAUAUUCGCCUAAUUUGAAAAAGUAUUGCAACGCUACACAAGCAGUCUCCAUUCAACUUUCAUUCGACUGUUUGUUAAGUAUCAUUGCUCUAAUACUUGAAACCAAUGCUUCGAAUUUAAAGUCUCUCUAAUUUUUAUCUGUCAAUCUAUUAAAGUCUUUUGACUUUUUGUCUUUCUUGUCGAAAAAACAAAAAUUUUUUUUGCGAAAGAUUGUUAGCACGAUUAAUCGCGUUUUUGGAUUCAGGUACCUCGGAAAGCUUGUCGUAAGAGUUCUGUUCUCUACUAAUCCCGGGUCAGAUUGGAUCAGGGAGCGCGUGAAAGGGGGAAAGGGAGAGCUUCCAAUUAGUCGAUAAGAUUUUGCUGCGAAAUUGCAGAAUGGGCUAAUGACUUGCUACCGCUGUCGAGAGGAUGAGCCUCGAGGUUCUUUUGUGCAUCAUAGACGACGAUCAAACGUCGAAUCGCACCGGUAACAUCCAAUUUCAACUGGUAUCUCCCGGUAAGCGCAAAGUGAUUCGAUUUACUCGCCGGCUUAAACGUCGCGGACGGGCGAAAAUCUCGGCUGCGCGCGGGAACGAGGACGACGAAGGUAAUUGACAUAUCGGCGUCUCUGGAUCUCGCGCUCGUCUCUUCCUCUCUCGCGGGAAGAGGAGUUUCUCUGAAUAUUUCACCGCGCGCCACUUCUUUUUCCGCGCACAUUCCAUGCACUAUUCUUAGAAUCGUUUUUUCUCCGAUUUUUCUCUCCCCCUCGAUGCAAAGGGGAAAGGAGAGAAGAGCUUCGUGAAUUUCCGCACGGAUUCUCGACGAAUGAAUAUCGUUGUUGAAUAAAUAAACGAGAAUUGAAAAGCUAAAUGAAGGUGAUACGUGGAAAUAAUGAUAUGAAUGCGAGGUAAAGAGAGACUAUUAGAAUUUGACUAUUUUCGAAAGUUCAAAAAUGUUAAGAGAUGAUCGCGACUAUGUCAAAUUCAAGUACCUUAGUAUUGCAUACUGUAUUGUCGAUUCAGUGACAGAUACACGUAAUGUUUUUAUAUUUUAUUGGACUAAAGGUAGACUUUGCAUUCCUUUUUUUGAAACUAUUUUUUUUUACUGUGUCACUUUUAUCCGAUAUUGGACGGUUUCGUUAAUGUCACAGUUUGCUUCACUAGACUGACCCUAAUUUAAGCGAUUCUUUGUCUUUCUUUAAUAUUAAAAUUGGAACGGAUGAAGAAUCGAUUAAACUAAAGUCAAACUUGAAACUGACCUUUAGUUUUUCAAUCGCUGCCGAGGAACGAUAAAGUUUUUCGAUGAAGUUUUCAUGUAAAAUGCACCCCCUUCAAUUUCUCAGUAGAACCGUGCUUGUGAUUUCUCCAAAGGGCCGUUCCCUAAUAAGCAGUAUUAGCAUAUGUACUUGAAAUUGUAGGAUUUGCUCGCACAAUUUUGACCGUUGAGAGAUCUUUUUAGUGCGCACAGAGAAACUUCUUUUCCACACCGGUGAGAAGAUCUGUAUUUUGAUUUGCUAGUCAUUUUAGGUAAGUCUGCCGUGAAGAUGCUUCAACAUAGAGUGAUAUCAAUAUUUCAAUAUGUUUGGGCGUCUUCUUGUCGAAGAUCGAUACGAAAACAUCGCGGAUGCAUCUCACUCCGUGAAUUCGUAAAAACCGACGAAUCGAGAUGCUCUCGGAAUGAGCAGCGAUAAAGUCGAUCGUAGACGAGAAGUAGUGCAAUAUCUUUCUCUCACGUAUAGCUUAUAAGAGCUCACUUUUUUCAUCCAUCUUGGCUCGACGAUAAAGACACGCUCGAUUGUUCUCUUCCGAGAGAAAAGAAGGGUUCGUAAAAAAAAAGAUAUCCGUUUUAAUUUCAUUUACCAGGAGGACGAUCACUCGAGACAUAAUUAGAAUUAGAAAUCGGUGAUACAUUUAGGCAAACCGAAUUAUUGCUCUGCAUAUAUUUUACAUUAAUUCAAGGUUGUUCCAAAUGUAUAAUUCUCGCACCUGCAGAGCGAGAUCUCUUGUGCAUUUAAAUGCGCUCUCUUCUGCACGUCGAUUUUCGUCGGGAUCUUUAGCGUAACGCACGCGGAUGCUCGCGGAAAGUUUUCAUCAACAUUUCACGUAAACUGGGCCACCUGUUGAAUGCAGAAAUGACCAUUCGGUGGCAAAAGGGUCGGUCGUACUGCUCCCCUGAAUUAUGGAACACAUCAUUUCCUCGGUUGUUAAAAGCGCGAACAAGAUCGCGGUCAAUUGCGACGUUUUAUCGAAAUUUAUCAAUGCUUCUUUCCGGUACUGCGAAAAUCCGCGUCGAGAACAGAAUCCGCAAAGAGUAUCGCGGUCUCGUGAUCUCUUUAGCCGGCACAAGUGGCACCGUUCAUAAACGUUCCUAUCCUAGAGAUUUUAUUAUAUUUCUAAGAUAUUUAUUAAUUAUUUUAUCUUGAAUUUUUAGUUAAAAUGUAACGGAGUUGCGAGAUUAUUUUCUAAAUAAGUUUUUUUCUUAUCCCACUUUUUGUAUAUCAAAGUUCCUACGAACGACAUUGUGAUCAUAUGAACGAAGUUCCUUUGUAUGGAUCAACUUUUUAUUGCGUUAUAUAUUAUUUAUAAUUUAUAUAUUAUUUAUGCGCGUAGAACUUAAGAAAUCGAAUGGAGAUUAAUUAUAAAUAGUUAUUUAAUUUAUUUAUUUCGUAAUUUUAUUUGUCAUAUCUAGUCAAUGCGACGUCGGCUAUGAGGACUAUGAAGGGACGCAAAUCCUCCAUCUUUUAAAGCAAUAUAAUAAAACGUCUCGUGUAACCAGUGUAUAUAUAUAAGACAUACUAAAACUGGAUAUAUUGAGGGAGAUAAUACCAUUGCUGGAAGGUAUUUUCGCGUGAAAACCUCGAGCAAGAAGAAUGAAAAAAGUGGAUCGCACGCAAGUGCAUUUUAUAGAACGGUGCAAUCCACAACAUUAUACCAAAGAUAUGACCAAAAAUAGAAGAGAAAGAGAGAGAGAGAGGAACAGAAGGGUGGAAUUAAGGGGAGAAGAAAAAGUACUUACGAUCUAGUCAACAAGUUGCGCUUGAAUUACAUCCUUUUUAUCUUAGUUGCCUAAGGCGGUCGCAUGUAUAAGUGAAGAGGUAGCGACGCUUAUUCUUUCUCGUCGUAUAUUUUAUCUUACUUUCUCUCCCCUUGUGCCGUCUAAAGCGUUUUUAAUAUAACUUAGAGAUAUUUUGGUACGGGAAAUUUUACGAGAGCGACUGGUGUAAGAUAUAAAGCGGAGCGGUGUGUUUGAUUGUAUUUAAUUAAUUGAAACGUAAUGCGCGGCUCGACGUACACUUAUCGUUAUAGCGAGAUUAACGCCCGGUUGUAAACGUGAGGAAGAAUAAAAGGGAGGGCUUUGGUGAUUUUAGUUAGUACAAACGUAUCAACACCAAGAGAAGUAAAUGCAUAUAGACACCUCGAUCGCAUUUUUCGAUGCUGACGCCGCCGCCAUAAAAUCGCGGCGAUAAAACGAACGGGAGGAGAGAUCGGCGGUUUUUUCCCGGAAGUCUCCUACUUACGGCUCAUUUUCUCUUCCUCUCGGGAACGCGACGCGGGCAGAUAGCGUCGAGACGCAUUGAAAUGUGAAAAUAAGAUACGAGAAGCAACGGGAAAUAAAAUAAAACAUUGCCAAUAAAAUUAGAGAACUGCAAGCAGCAACGAAAUUAGGACGCGGAUGUGAAAGCAUAAAGUAACCGAGCUGAAAAACGUAAACCAAAUAUUUCUCUGGUUUUAAUAUGCAUUACAUGCAUAUUAAAAAUCAAAGCGCGUUAUCAUUUAUUGCAAAGUGAAUAUAUCCGCGUGAGAUGAAAUAAUUUCACACCAGAAGUUUUGAAAGUAUCUCGUAAUACAAUCUUUAUUUUUGCUGGACUCGUUUCUAUAACGUUAAACGCUCGUAUUUUGUUCUAAAUUCACAUUUCGUGCCUCGACUAUAUACAAAGUCGUCCCGCAAGAAAGUAGAUAGAUCUCUAGACCCAUUAUACGGGAAGAUCACAAAACACGCACGUAGUUCUGCAGCUCGGCCACGUUUUUUCGUAAUAUUUGAGAUUAACUGUAGACACACACACACACAGAC